CGCUGCUGGAGCGUUCAUCGCUGUAAUGACAAUUCGAACCAUCAAUAGUAAAAUGGGAAACAGCAAGCGAUGAAGUAUAACCGCAGACAUGGGAAACUACAUCUGCAAGCGAAAUGGGAAACAGCAAACGAUUUCAUUGAAGGUGAUCUUGCUAGGAUGUAUCAUGCAGAAACGCAACGAGUGAAAUUGUUGAAGCUCAAAAACUACUUUAUUAGAGUUAUCAUUCAACAAUGUAAAUGUAUGAAUCUUUUCAUACGCGAUCACAACACGUACUCUUGCAGCACUACAUGCAAGUUUUUUUUUUUGCCUGUUCCCGCAGACCUCCAUGUUAUUUUACCCCUCCCUCUCCUUCAAGACGUGCUUUCAAGUUCACCGCAACGCGACUAAAGAAGUACGAGCAU